AUGGACGUGUGUCUGAGCUCCACGCAGCAGCCCGGAUGCUUUACGGAAGCACCGAGGACCCCAGGUGGCUGGUUAGAGGCAGAGAAGAAGGAGACUCUCCAGAAAGAUGGCACCGAGGGACCCCCAGGAGAUUCUAACAAGAUAGAACCAUCUCUUCAAAGUCUCCAGAAAUUUGUUCCUACAGAUUAUGCCAGUUACACUCAAGAGAAUUAUCUGUAUGCAGGCAAGAAGAUUGUCCUUCAAGAAUCAAUAGAGAGUUAUGGAGCCGUGGUGUGGCCAGCGGCUACGGCUUUGUGUCAGUAUUUGGAGGAACACGCAGAGGAAUUGAAUCUCCAAGAUGCUAAAAUACUUGAAAUUGGUGCUGGACCAGGCCUUGUUUCUAUUGUGGCUAGCAUUUUAGGUUGGUUAGUUUGUUUAUUUCUGACUUGUUUCAAAUGAUAUUUAUUGUGACAACAAUGGUGAGUGCUUAUUAUAGGUUAGGCUGUGGUUUAGGUGCUUAGCCAUGACUUCAUUCAUUGAACCCCCCAAAAUGUCACGAAUAGAAAUUUGUAUUGUUACGCCUAGAGAUAACUGAGUCUUAGAGAGGUUAAUUGCCCAGUCUACCCAAUUACCAUGUGAAGUUGAGAUUUAGGAGGUAUGACUCCCAAAUCCCUGUUGUGAACAGCCAUGUUAUGUUGUCUCCUACUUUUCACUGCAUAUAUUAUAACUAACAUUCUGGAAAAAAAAAUAAGUGAGUUAAUCAUAGUGAAGACAAGUUAAUACCAAAAUGCCUG